AUGCGCUUCAAGAGCCAGAUCAGAAAUGUGAAUCUACUUGCAAAAUUUUGCGCCUCGUUGGCCUCUCUGGGGCAGAUUGCCUGGUGCCGACUCAACGACGAGGAUGUUCAGUUCACCAUCGUCCCCGACAAGGGGAGCCAAGUCUGGUCCGUUUUGAGACCUGAGAUGAUCUUUGAGACAUACAUUCUCCAAUCUGCGUCCCCCCAAAACACAAUUAACCUCGAAGUCCCCAUUCAAGCCCUUUCGCGAGCCCUGCGUUCGGCGCUUGGGUCGACUUCCGCAGAAAUCAGGCUGACCAAGAAAGACAAUGUCCCCAUUCUGUCAUUGACCAUUGUAACCAAUACCUUUAGCAGCGGGAACAAUGUUGUGGCGCAUCCCACGACCUCCCGAGGGGAUGGCGGUAAUGCUGAUUUCGAUUUCGAUGAUAACGAUGAUCUAUCGUUGCGCGACGCCAAUGGCGGAGGAUCAAGUGACCGAGAAACAAUCAUCACUCAAGAUAUCCCUGUCAAAGUCCUAGCCAUGGCAGUUGUCGAGAGGCUCCAUCAGCCCCGGACGCCGGAGCCAGACGUAAACAUCUAUCUUCCUCCUCUGGCUCAGAUAAAGACCAUAUCCGAACGCUUCACACGAUUGGCAAUGGCCACAACCAAGGCGUCUUCCGGCGCCAGUCCUCGCCUGGAACUCAGCGCCAAUAUGCAUGGCUCGCUCAAGAUCUCGGUCAAAACAGACGCCCUCAAUAUUACAAGUCGCUGGACGGGGCUUGCCCAUCCUCAACUCGACCCGACCCAUUUCCCGGAUUUGACGGACCAUCCCACGACCAAAAUGAAGGAGCUUGGGGGACCCAAUGGGGAAAACGAGGCUGGGUGGUCGAGGGUUCGGAUUGAUGCUAAGGACUGGUCGCGGGUUCUCAGCGUUGGCCGAGUCUGUACCAAGGUCAUUGCAUGUUUCAUCAAUGAGGGAGCGUUGGUGCUGUAUGUAUAUUUGCCCGCAGAUGAAAAUGGCGAUGAAGGAGAUCCAUGUCUCACGGUAAGUUGA